AUGAAUAGAUACUCUUUGAAUGUUUAUCAAGUAGUUUGCUUGGUUAUUGGUUUGUGUUGUGUCUGGUGUAGUGCUGUUAGGAAUUCAGAUAAGAUGGAGUUGUCUGCUAGAUUUAAAAGGCCCGUGUUAGCUAGAAAUAGUCAAAUAGUAUCGGAAUAUGAUGAGAUAACCAAUGCAAUAGACGAUCUGAAAUUCGUAAGGAAUACACUAUCAACGCGAAUAAAUCAAAUAAAGCAGGGCCAACAGAGCCGCGAGGAAACAGAACGAAAGGCUUAUGAGGGCUUGGAGUCAACCCAAUGCAGUCGCAGCUUCCUUGACGAAUUAAAGGAUAUAUUCGGACCGAGGAAGAUUAUGUUACUAUCUCAACUAGUUAAAAUAGAAAUACAACGGCAAAGUCUUGAUAUAAUUACCCAACAAAUGGAACAAUGGUUAGAGGAAAGCAAGAAUACCCAGAUGCAACCGGGACCGCGAAUAAAGAGCAUAUGUAAGCUAGCAAAUAUAGUACAACAACUAAAACAAAUUAAGAGUGACGCAAUGGACCCACAAAAUCAAUCUCCGAAUGCCGAAAUAAGCAUAGUUGAAAAUGGUCUAAUCGCAAUAGGUGUCCAAUGCAAUUCCCAUGAAUUAAAAAGCCGAAUCAAAAUGAUCAUGAUAGAAGAACUAAAGAAAAUACCACCUAAGAUUGAUACGUUAAACUGGGACGAUAUAACUCAAGUUAUAGAUCCAGUGAUAGAUCAAUUAUUGAAACAUGAUGAACCCAAAAGCCGCGACAACAUAUCUAGGAUAAUUAAAGAAACGCUAGCUCAACUUGAUGGUACAUCUAAAAACAUGGAAGUCAAAAGUGAAAGUGAAAGUGAAC